AUGGCAUCGGUGACUACAAAGCCCAAUACUGGCUGGGUCCAGCACCGAGUAACCCAGGCAUUGCGCGCAGUGGUAGGCCACGCGUGUCGGCGUCCCCUUCACACCCUGCUCGUCACGGCCCUUGUCGCCGCAACAACUUAUCUUCAGGUGCUGGAGGGAGCUUUUCAGGCAGUGAACACGUCGCAGACAGCUCCCUUCGACGUUCGAUCGUUUCUGUGGGGUAGCCGCAAUCUCCAUCUCGGGGAGAAGAGCUCGUGGAGAUGGCAGAACGACGUGUCUGCAGCACACGGUCAUGGCCAGGUUGACCAACACUUGGCGCUGGUAACUCUCAACUUCCCCGGUUCUUCCGACAAUAGCAACCCUCCCUUCAUCUUGCCCCUGUCCAUCGACGCGGAUCCGAUCACUCCGACUUCGAAUCUCCUCACCUCCUUCUUCGAUGACUUUUCCCUGGCGUAUCAGGUCCCCUACAAGCAACUGACCAAUUUUCUGCAAGGUGUUGAAGAAGUAGUCGCAUCGAGUGAUGAAAACACAACGUGGGCAAUCCAGCGCCCCCGCGGAGAAGGCUCGCCCCUUUCGCUUGGCCGCUGGCUCGGCAACUCAUGGCUAUCGUUUCUGCACCGAGCCCAGCAUGCCGAGACAGUGGACAUGGUCAUCAUCGGGCUCGGAUACCUGGCUCUCAACAUGACCGUGAUCUCGCUAUUCCGCGCAAUGCGUCAUCUGGGGUCGCGUGUCUGGCUGGCGAGCGCCGUCAUACUCUCCGGGGCAUUUGCCUUUGUGCUGGGGCUCGGGGUCACGACGGCCUGCGGUGUACCGGUGGACAUGCUGCUGCUCUCGGAAGGCAUUCCCUUUCUGGUGCUGACGGUGGGAUUCGAGAAGCCCAUCUGCUUCACCCGUGCGGUGCUCUGUGCGUCUAAGGAACCUUCUCGUGGACCGCAGCAGGACAGUCACCCCAAAUCAAUCCCCACCACCAUGCAGACCGCCAUCAAUGCACAAGGCUGGCCGAUCGUCCGCUCAUAUCUUCUGGAGAUUGGUGCCCUCGCACUGGGAGCAGCCCUGCGGCCACACAAUCGGUUCGGUCAGUUCUGCUUCCAGGCCGCGUGGACCCUGCUCUUCGACGCCGUCCUGCUCUUCACUUUCUACGCGACCGUCCUCUGCAUGAAGCUGGAAAUCACGCGCGUCCGGUGUCCAGAUACACUUCAUCAGGCGGACGAGCAGCGAGGCCCCUGCAUGUUCGGGUACAAGGUCAAUCCGGCCAACGUGGCGCGCUGGAAAACGAUGAUGGUGGGCGGCUUCGUGCUGGUCAACGUGCUGCAACUCUCGUCGUUUGCGUUUCGCAUCCUAGGUGGCUUCUUGACGAACCCCUCGCUUAUGCCGACAGCUGUCAGCCCGUUUAAGGUGGCCGCCAACGGACUCAAUGAUAUCUUCCUGGCUGCUCGUGCGGCGGGGACGGAGACGCGCGUGACGGUGCUCCCUCCCAUUCGAUAUACCCUCCAUGCAGCAACAAAACCGGUUGACGGGGUUUUCGCAGGACUAGAGAGUCCGGUGGCUCGACUGUGUCUGAUCGGCGCAUUGGUCGUCAGUCUCAUUCUCAACAGCCACCUGAUGCAUGCCGCCCGCUGGCAUGCUGCCGACGCAGCGAAUGCGUCCGCUACACCUUUUAUCACCCAUUCCUCAGCCCCCAGCUCCGGUCCUCAACCCCGGAACCCGGAAGAGACGGAAGCUCUACUCAAAUCCGACCAAGCAGAAUCACUAACCGACGGGGAACUAGUCGACCUCUGCCUCCGCGGCAAGAUUGCGGGAUACAGCCUCGAAAAGACUCUGGAAAACAUAGCCCCAAGCUCAUCCAGACUGGAAGCCUUCACCCGCGCCGUGCGCAUCCGCCGCGCCGCCAUUUCACAAACCCCAUCAACCCAACCCCUCAGCCACGGCGUCCAGGACUCUCUCCUCCCCUACCGCGACUACAACUACGAGCUCGUGCACGGCGCCUGCUGCGAGAACGUGAUCGGCUACCUACCGCUCCCGCUGGGCCUCGCAGGACCCAUGCUCAUCGACGGCCAGGCAUACUUCAUCCCGAUGGCCACCACCGAAGGCGUACUCGUCGCCAGCGCCAGCCGCGGCUGCAAGGCGAUCAAUGCGGGCGGCGGCGCCGUCACGAUGCUAAAAGGCGACGGCAUGACGCGAGGACCCUGCCUGGGAUUCCCCUCGGCCUCGCGCGCCGCCGAAGCGCAGCGCUGGGUCGAGUCUCCCGCGGGCUACGCAGUCCUUACCGCUGCAUUCAACGCCACCAGCCGCUUCGCGCGUCUGCAAGCCCUAACCGUCGCGCAGGCCGGGACGUAUCUGUACAUCCGGUUCCGCACCACCACCGGCGACGCCAUGGGCAUGAACAUGAUCUCCAAGGGGGUCGAGGCGGCGCUGCACGCCAUGACCGCCCACGGCUUCCCGGAUAUGCAGACCAUCACCCUGUCCGGGAACUUCUGCGCCGACAAGAAGUCCGCGGCCGUGAACUGGAUCGGUGGGCGCGGGAAAUCGGUCAUCGCGGAGGCUACUAUCCCUGCGGACGCUGUUCGGAAGGUGCUGAAGACCGAGGUCAAUGCGCUGGUCGAGCUCAACACGGCCAAGAACCUCGUGGGUAGUGCGAUGGCGGGCAGUAUCGGGGGGUUCAACGCUCAUGCGUCUAACCUCGUGCAGGCGGUGUUUCUGGCCACCGGUCAGGAUCCCGCCCAGAAUGUGGAGAGUAGUAGCUGUAUUACUACGAUGAAGAAUAUAAACGGCAACCUACACAUCGCCGUCUCCAUGCCCUCAAUAGAAGUCGGCACAAUCGGCGGGGGCACAAUCCUCGAGGCGCAGGGAGCCAUGUUGGAUUUGCUGGGGGUGCGUGGCGCCCAUCCCACCGACCCCGGCGCGAAUGCCCGCCGUUUGGCCCGGAUUGUGGCUGCCGCGGUCCUGGCCGGCGAGUUGAGUACGUGCUCGGCGCUGGCGGCGGGUCACUUGGUCAACGCGCAUAUGCAGCAUAAUCGGAGUGCUGCGGCGUCGGGAAAGAAAUAG